AUGGGUGACCGCGGCGGCACGGGCAGCUCCCGGCGCCGGAGAACGGGGUCGCGGCCCUCGAGCCAGAGCGGCGGUGGCCCAGCGGCGGCGGAGGAGAAGAUGCGGGAUGUGGACGCCGGAGGGGACGCUCCGGCCCCGGCCUGGGACAAGGACAAGGACGAAGACGACGACGUGGGUAGCGACCCGUGGGAUCUGAGGUGCCACCGCAUGCAAGAUUCCUUGUUCAGCUCUGACAGUGGCUUCAGCAACUACCGUGGCAUCCUGAACUGGUGUGUGGUGAUGCUGGUCUUGAGCAAUGCCCGGUUGUUUUUAGAAAACCUCAUCAAGUAUGGCAUCCUGGUGGACCCCAUCCAGGUGGUGUCCCUGUUCCUGAAAGACCCCUACAGCUGGCCUGCCCUGUGCCUGCUUAUUGUGGCCAACGUCUUUGCUGUGGCCGCGUUCCAGGUGGAGAAGCGUCUGGCGGUGGGCGCCCUGACAGAGCAGGCAGGGCUGCUGCUGCAUGUGCUCAACCUGGUCAUCAUUCUCUGCUUCCCGGCAGCCGUGGCCUUCCUGCUGGAGUCCAUCACUCCAGUGGGCUCCGUGCUGGCUCUGGCCGUGUACACCAUCCUCUUCCUCAAGCUCUUCUCCUACCGGGACGUCAACCUAUGGUGCCGACAACUCAGGGCUAGGGCCAAGGCCAAGGCCAAGGCCAAGGCCAAGGCUGCUUCUGCAGGUGAGAAGGCCAAUGGUGGGGUGGCCACACGGACUGGCACCAUCAGCUACCCGGACAACCUGACCUACCGUGAUCUCUACUACUUCCUCUUUGCUCCUACACUGUGUUAUGAGCUCAACUUUCCCCGCUCCCCCCGCAUCCGAAAGCGCUUCCUGCUGCGGCGGCUCCUCGAGAUGCUGUUCUUCACCCAGCUCCUGGUGGGGCUGAUCCAGCAGUGGAUGGUCCCCACCAUCCAGAACUCCAUGAAACCUUUCAAGGACAUGGACUACUCACGCAUCAUUGAGCGCCUCCUGAAGCUGGCGGUCCCCAACCACCUCAUCUGGCUCAUCUUCUUCUACUGGCUCUUCCACUCCUGCCUGAACGCCGUGGCCGAGCUCAUGCAGUUUGGAGACCGCGAGUUCUAUCGGGAUUGGUGGAACUCUGAGUCUGUUACCUACUUCUGGCAGAACUGGAAUAUUCCUGUGCAUAGGUGGUGCCUCAGACACUUCUAUAAGCCUAUGCUGCGGCGCGGCAGCAGCAAGUGGGUCGCCAAGAUUGGGGUGUUCCUGGCCUCGGCCUUCUUCCACGAGUACCUAGUGAGCAUCCCUCUGCGCAUGUUCCGCCUCUGGGCUUUCACCGGCAUGAUGGCGCAGAUCCCGCUGGCCUGGAUAGUGAGCCGAUUCUUCCGGGGGAACUACGGCAACGCGGCCGUGUGGCUGACGCUCAUCAUCGGGCAGCCGGUGGCCGUGCUCAUGUAUGUCCAUGACUACUACGUGCUCCACCACGAGGCACCAACUGUGGGGGCCUGAGCCGCUCUGCUCACUCCUCACUGCCCAGGACAGAGCCCAACCUGCACACGUGCUGGAUGGGCUGCCACCCGCAAGAGGUCUCUCUGCCCCUAUGGGGCUCCCUCCUUCCCCCCAAGGGUGGCAGACUGGGCACUGGCCGGCCUUGCCCAUGAAUCCAAGGUGUCAAUAAAGUCCUGUCCAGAGUGAA